AUGUUGCGGAGGCGGAUCGUUGCGUACUCAGCAAUUGGGAUCUUAACAAUCGUUAUCUCACCAGCCGUCUGUUUGAGUCGCACGAGUGCAUAUACCGACAAUCUUGAACGUAGAUCCAGCCGAAUGUUACGGAGGGAAGCCAUUUCUAUCCGCCAGUCGAGGAUGAACAUUUUAUGCAUUGUCGGUGUGGCCAUGGGUCUCACGAAGUGCUACCGAAAGAUACGGACCCAGAAUAUCGUUCACAUGCACAGAAGAUGGACCCGCAAAGAGUUGCCUCGCGCUGAUAUCCCGUGGUGA